ACAAACCUAAAAGGCUCCUGAAUUCCACACUUUGACACUCCAAAUUAAAAUCAAAAUAUCAAAAUUAAAAUUUGCAUUCACAAACUUCAAUAAAUAAAUAAAAAUCAAAGUCUGGAAUUAUAAAAGAUUCAAAACGGGUCUUCCGUUGUGGAUGCUUGGCUUGGCCGCUCAACAACUGCGUGCCGAUAUGAAUCGCUUGCUUGCUCUUCUUUUCCACCAAGGGGUGUUGGAUGAACAAUUCUUACAAUUACAACAACUCCAAGAUGAGAGUUCUCCAAAUUUUGUAUCUGAAGUUGUCAACAUUUACUUUCAUGAAUCUGAGAAACUUCUCCGCAAUCUCCGGACAUUUCUAGCAGAUAGAGAAUUUUCAGACUACAAGAAAAUAGGGAUGCAUUUGAAUCAGUUAAUGGGCAGCAGUUCAAGUAUUGGAGCUAAAAGAGUUAGAAAUGUAUGCGUUGCAUUUCGUGCUGCUUCUGAACAAAAUAACCGUGCUGGAUGCUUAAGAGCACUGGAGUUGCUAGAGCAUGAAUACUCUUAUCUCAAGAACAAAUUGCAUGAGCUCUUCCAAAUAGAACAACAAAGAGUACUUGCAGCUGGUGUGAGGUAUCCAAUGCAACGCAAUUAAAUCAACAUUAGCAAUAAAAAUCUCACAAAUUAUUUGUUUAGUCUGCAUAUUAAAUUUGCUACAUUUUAUAUUCAGAUCGAAACGAGAGAUUUUUUUGAAAUAGUGUAGCAAUUAUUAAUUCCCUAAAUUUUCAUAAUUAUGAAGGGAAAGAUAGUAUUAGUGUGAGUAAAAUAGGA